AUGUCAGUAGCCAUGGGUACCUUACAGGCAGCCCCAGCCAGCUGCUUUGACCAGCUGAAGAUGGGCUUGAUGCACAUGGGCAUGGUGGUUGGGGCGUUGUUUGGCACCUUCUCCUGUCUCAGGAUUGGAAUGUGGGGUCAGGAGCUGAUGGGUGACAUUGGGAAAACCAUGAUGCAGAGUGGCAGCACCCUUGGCACAUUCAAGGCCAUUGGAAUGGGCACAAGAUGCUAA